AUGGGAGGACACCGCAACUCUUAUGGCUAUGGUGAUGACGAGUAUCACUACAGCUAUUCCUCUACACCUCCCCGGAGUCGGUAUCCCGAGUUUUCUCGCAACCUAGACAAAGACCAUGUUAGGACAGCUGCACGACCAGACAGGGGACGUGAGAUUGGAUAUAAUGACAGGCCAGCUCGACGGCAUUAUGACGACUACGGCGACAGGAAACAGCACGAUGAAGCAAUGUAUCGCCGUGAGGAUCGACCAUCUCGACAUCGUGGCCGGUCAUUGCAUAACGAAGAGGAUGCGGAAUACCGAUGGCGAGGCGGCCGUCAUCGCUCUAGACCCAGCGUGCGUGCUCACAGCGAGCACCGCCUCGUAGAGGCAGCAACAGCAGGUCUAGCCGCUGGUGUUACAGAGGUUGUGCGUGCACGACAUGAUUCGGAUAGGGGUCGGCGAGCAGUUACGGCAGCUAUCAGUGCUGCAGCCGUCGAUGCACUUGUCAGUAAGGGGGACGAGAGGAACAGGGGGCGACAUCUUGUGGAAAGUGCUGUUGGCGGGCUAUUGAUCGAUCGGCUGGCCAACGGUCGUUCAGCAAAGUAG